CAUGGCGUCUGUCUGCCGGACAAAAGGCGAAUCUGUCUGACGGCGGAUUGAAACCCAAUUAGAAGAAGGGGGGAGACAUUUUGGGAAAACUGUAACAGCCCCUGGAUCUCUGCGCUCCGAGGAGGGAAAUCUAUGAUCCAACUAACAUCUGUGGAGGCUCUCAGACUGGAAUAAGGAUGUUCCAGCAGAGUGAGGAGCCUCGUUUCACCAUUGAACAGAUCGAUCUCCUCCAGAGGCUUCGACGAACCGGUAUCACUCAGGUGGAGGUCCUCCACGCCCUGGACACCCUCGAUCACCUGGACCGCCAGAAUGGCCACAAGCAGAGCCGUAAAGCUUCCUACCUGCCGCCCACUUCUUCCUUGUCUUCCUCCAACUCCGUCUCUGCCUCUUCCUCCACCACCUCCGCCUCCACUCAGACGGUUUUCCCACAAAACCCACUCUCGCUGUCUCCCGGCACCAACCUGGACACCGUCUCCCCGCCUCUGCCCGUCCCCACAGCUUCGCCCGUUGUCGUCCAGAAUGGCCUCUCCGGCGCCACCAACGGGAAGCUUUCUCCGCCUCGGUAUCCUCUGGCUGUGGUUGGUGGCAGUGUGGCUGCACCAGGCUUUGGGUUCGAGGCCAGUGAAGAAGACUUGGAUCUGGACGAUAAAGUGGAGUUCUUGAUGAGGAGGGACAGCAGCGCCAUCAAAGAGGAGAUCAAGUCCUUCCUGGCGAACAGACGGAUUUCCCAGGCUGUAGUCGCUCAGGUAACAGGGAUCAGUCAGAGUCGGAUCUCCCACUGGCUCCUGCAGCAGGGAUCGGACCUGAGCGAGCAGAAGAAACGGGCCUUCUUCCGCUGGUACCAGCUGGAGAAGAACAACCCUGGUGCCACCUUAGCGAUGAGAGCCGCCCCUCUGGCUCUGGAGGACGUGAUGGACUGGCAUCAAACUCCGCCCCCAUUUAACUCCGCCCCGGGAGGCUUCCGCCUGAGACGAGGCAGCAGGUUCACCUGGAGGAAGGAGUGUCUGGCUGUCAUGGAGAGCUACUUCAGUGAUAACCAGUACCCCGAUGAAGCCAAGAGGGAGGAGAUCGCUACUGCCUGCAACGCUGUCAUUCAAAAACCAGGAAAGAAGCUAUCUGAUUUGGAGAGAGUGACGUCCCUCAAGGUCUACAACUGGUUUGCCAACCGCCGCAAAGACAUCAAGAGGCGCGCCAACAUAGAAGCAGCCAUCUUGGAGAGCCAUGGUAUCGAGGUUGAGAGUCCAGGAGGUCAGUCCAACGGCGACGAGGUAGACGGCAACGACUUCCCCGAUCAGGGCUGUGAUGUUUCCCUGUUUGAAAAGAGAGCUUCAGCCAGGCCGUUUCCUUUCAGUCGAGCAGACCUGUCCUCUCCAACCCAGGUUCCUCCGCAGCUCCCCAGCUGGUUUUCUGCCCUGGCCAGAGGAGCCGCUUCCGGGCAGAGGGGCGCCUCCCUGAUCGGACGCUCCCUGGUGUCGGGGUCCAGCUCUCAGGCAGAAGGAUCCAGAACGACGGGCGCAUCCUGGUCCCCCACGUCCCCGUCCCUCCAGGAAGAAUCUGACCCCCAGGAGCCGCUCACGUCAGAGAAGACGGCAGCCGGUCGCAACAGCCCAGCCUCAGCCAAUCAGGGGGAUGGAGCAGGAUGCAUCGCGGGGAAUCAGAUCAAGAUGGAAAGCAUGGAUCAUGACUGACGGGGCCGGCGGACGCUGGAGCCGUCAGAACAGGUGUCAUUAUAUGCAAGCAGAUUUUCUAGGAAUGUUAUAAGUGAACAGAAAGACCAAACGUGUAAACUCCAAUCCUGAGAUACCUCCCAACCCUACCUCCAACCACCAACCUACUCUGCUACACUCGUAUAGCUGUUAAUAGUGUAAUAUGAUGAUUAAUGACAAACCUUUCUACGUUAAGUCGUCUCUGGUCUGUGGAAGAUUCAAAUCUCACAACUUAAGCCGAACCCUAGAAGAAAGCUCACUACUCGGAUCUUUCUGCUGUGCCACUCCCAGGGAAACAGCAGGGGGCGGUCCCAGACCAUUUCUUUGAGGAUUUUUUUUUCUAUUUAAAUCUUCCACAGAUGGCUUUCAAACAGGACAUGAAGCUUUGUGCAGGUUUCCGUAGCAGACUGCAGCGUUCUCAGCAGGGCUACGCUGUAUUUGGCUUGGGAAUCAAAUGCUUUCAGGGUCUCGCACUGUGAUCUCAACUGAACAGCCUCAGUGUUUAGGAAAUACAAACUUUUCUCUUUUUCCUUUUUCCUGAAUCCUUUAAGGAGUCGACGUCGCAUUUCAUGGCAGAUUUCUGGCAGGAGAAUCUGUGAAGGCGCAGAAUAAGCUUAAGGUUGCUAAAUUUCUUUGAGCUGAAGAUGACUAUAAAAACAUAAUCUUCAAAGAAGCAGAAAUAGAAUAAUCUCGUCUAAGAAUAAUCUUAAUAUAUAAACGCUAAACGGCUCUAAAAUAUAGGUAUGAAAUUAGAGAGAACAUCUUAGUUUCUUUGUGUCAGUAACAUUUCCUUUCCCCUUGAACUUUUUCACAUUCUGUAACUUUAGAACCUCCAUUUUUAAAGUCGUAGGGAAGUCAUAUUUAAAUGUCAAAUCAUUCUGGCUUAAACAUGUAUAUAAAUGUACUCUUUAUCAGAUGAUAU